UCUUUUCCUUAGUAUGCAAGGCUGAGUAGGUUUGUACUGUGAUGCAUGUAGUGAAGAAUAAUAAAGAGAUGAAUAUAGCUUUAUUUCCCCGUUUUUAUUAGUGCAUGUUUGCAACAUGUAUUAAACACAGUCUUCCAAGUUUAGGUAAACUAGAAAAGUUGUCUUCCUUCGGUAUGCUGGCAAAAGUCCAAGGCUGAAAAGCCGCAGGUUUUGAAUUGAGUCUUGGCUCUGCUACUUAUGAAACUGUGGGACCUAAGGCAAAUUGGUUAAUAUGUGUGUAAAUUUCCUCAUUCGUAAACACCUUGCAGCGUUUUGCUGUUAUUAUUUCUUUUUACAGGGUUUCACUAUUCAGUUCAGGCUGGCCUUGAGCUCACAGCGAUCCUCCCGCCUCAGCCUGCAAAGUGCUGGGAUUACAGGUGUGCGCCAUCUCGCCCGGCCCCUCGCAGCGUUUGGAAUACGGUUCGCAAUUAGCAGACAAUGUGCUUGGUGGUCUAGUGGUUGGGAUUCAGUGCUCUCGCAAUAGCAGACAAUGAUCGGCAGUCUAUUAUCCGAACCGCACUCUUCUCAUUCACACCGACGACCUCAAGAAGGCACAAGAGGAAGAAAGGAGAUUCCGUUCCCCCACUACAGUCCAGCACAGUCUAGCGCUCGGAGAGGUUCCAAGCGCGAGGCUGACGUGAGGCUCACCUUCAUGGGCUUCCCGGAGCACGGGCGACCCGGCGAGGAGGAGGGAUUUCCGCCACACGCCGGCCUGGGCCGGAAGCAAGCGGACCCGAGCAGGUUCCCCCGUGGCCGGGAGGAGCGACCGGAAACGCCGCGCAGUGGGACUACGUUUCCCAGAAGCCCACGCGGCAGGGCGCGGGGCGGUGCCGCGGACCGUACUGGACAGGCCUGGUCCCGCCGUACCAAGUUUCAUGCAGGCUCCUGGGGAAGCUGGUGCUGCUGCUGCUGCCUGAUCCCCGCCGACAGCUCUUGGGACCGCGGCCGGCGCCGGCGGCUGGAGAUGGCGGACACGAAAUCCGUGCACGAGACCAGGUUCGAGGCGGCCGUCAAGGUGAUCCAGAGUUUGCCGAAAAAUGGUUCCUUCCAGCCAACACAUGAAAUGAUGCUGAAGUUCUAUAGUUUCUAUAAACAGGCAACUGAAGGACCCUGUAAACUUUCAAGGCCGGGAUUCUGGGAUCCUAUUGGAAGAUAUAAAUGGGAUGCUUGGAGCUCACUGGGUGAUAUGACUAAAGAAGAAGCCAUGAUUGCAUAUGUGGAAGAAAUGAAAAAGAUUAUUGAAACUAUGCCAAUGACUGAGAAAGUUGAAGAAUUGCUACGUGUCAUAGGUCCAUUUUAUGAAAUUGUAGAAGACAAAAAGAGUGGCAGGAGUUCUGACUUAACCUCAGUCCGACUGGAGAAAAUCUCUAAAUAUUUAGAAGAUCUUGGUAAUGUUCUGACUUCUACUCCAAAUGCCAAGACUGUUAAUGGGAAAGCUGAAAGCAGUGAUAGCGGAGCCGAGUCGGAGGAAGAGGAGGCUCAGGAGGAAGGAAAGGGGGCAGAACAAAGUGAUAAUGAUAAGAAAAUGAUGAAGAAAUCAGGAGAGCAUAAGAAUUUGGAAAUCAUUGUCACUAAUGGUUAUGAUAAAGACAGCUUUAUUCAGGAUAUACAAGAUGACAUUCAGGCCACUUCUUCCCUGAAUGGUGGAAGUGCUGAAGAAGGAAAACCUGUAGAGCAAAGCUUGGAGGAAACUGGAAAAACUGCUGUCUGUCUUCACCAAGAUAUAAAUGAUGAUCGUGUUGAAGAUGUUUCAGGGAUUCAGCACUUGACAAGUGAUUCAGACAGUGAAGUUUACUGUGAUUCUAUGGAGCAGUUUGGACAAGAAGAGUCUUCAGACAGUUUUACGUCAAACAAUGGACCAUUUCAGUAUUACGUGAGUGGUGAUCCCAACAUGCCCUUGGAAAAUUCUGGUUUUCCUGAAGAUGUUCAAGUACCACCUGGAAAUGGCAGCAUUGGGACUGUGCAGAUGGUAGCAGUUGAAGGAAAAGGGGAAGUGAAGCAUGGAGGAGAAGAUGGCAGAAGUAACAGUGGUGCACCACACCAUGAGAAGCGAGGUGGAGAGAGUGAGGAGUUCUCCAAUGUCAGAAGAGCGAGAGGGCAUAGGAUGCCACAUCUGAGUGAGGGGACCAAAGGCCGACAAGUGGGAAGUGGGGGUGAUGGUGAGCGCCGGGGCUCAGACAGGGGCUCCCGAGGCAGCCUCAAUGAGCAGAUUGCUCUCGUGCUCAUGCGGUUACAGGAGGACAUGCAGAACGUCCUGCAGAGGCUUCAUAAACUGGAAGCACUAACCGCUUCGCAGGCAAAAUUAUCAGCAUUGCAGCCCAGUAAUCAGUCCUCGCAGAGACCGUCUUGGUGGCCCUUUGAGAUGUCUCCUGGUGCAUUAACUUUUGCUAUUAUAUGGCCUUUUAUUGCCCAAUGGUUGGUGCAUUUAUAUUAUCAAAGAAGGAGAAGAAAACUGAACUGAAGAAAACGAUGUUUUCCUGAAGACUGCUGGGCCUGGAUGACCUCAGAAUGAACUGGAUUUGGAGCUCACAAGAAAAUCUUAAUUACAUUUGUUUUCUGUUGUCCAGUAGUUUCGUUUGUGUACAUAUAUACAUAUAUAUUUUUUGCACUACACAAAUGAUAACAUUUUAAGGACUAAUAUUUCUGAUACUUGAAUAAUCAAUCUCAACUAAAUUAUAAGUAGCAUAUAUAGAUUUACCUUACCCUUGAACUUGAAGGACAUUAAAUUAUUAAUUAUUGUUUGGUAACAUGUUUACCUAAUUAUCUACCAUAGAGAAUUAUAAGCUGCUUUUCCAAGGUACAGUUGUAAUAAUGAGAUCAGAUUUAUAAGUGGAUAUUUUUUAUUUUGUAAAUUGAAUAUGAGAAAGAAUGCAAUCCAAGAUUUAAUUUCAAAUGGGGUUAUAUUGGUUUUAUCAGUCACUGAAUUGCUGUGUCAAGCAGUAGAAAAUUGCUGGAAAAUCUUCUCUGCAUUCACAUUGUGGGCUGCAUAUAAUCUUGGGCAUUCACAAAUCAGUUUAGGCCUCAUUAUUUAACUUUACAGUUCUUUGUACUGGCCUUUGUUUUUAAAAUGAUUCACAGAAUAGACAUAACCUGCUGAUGGCAGUGAUGAAAAAUGGGCUUGACAUAGUUUUAAAAGUGUAUUCUGAGGCUGCAGAUGACUAAUAAGAUUUUAAUUCAGUCAUACAGAUUUAUUCCUUUGUAAUCAUUUUGCUUUAACUGAGGAUAUCUAGUGUCUGCUUCAUAGGGUGCUUUGAAAUAUAAAUGAAAACAUAUUUAUACUGUUUUUAUAAAAGUUAAAAAAAAGGAAACAUGAAAAUCACUUUUCUGCAACUGAUGAAUUGUACAGACUGGACUCUUAACCUCUUAGUGCCUCACUUGUUUCUUUAGGGUAUAAUAUUUAGCUGUACCUACUUACAGGGGUAUUGGAAGGAUUUACAAGCUAAUGGGCCAUCUGCUUCCAUGUGACUAAUGCAUGCCCAACUAAUGGAAAUUUAAUUCCCUGCAUCCCACCUCUCACCUCAAGUAAAAGGAAGACUGUUAUUUAGAUCCUUGAAGACUAUACUUAGAGAGUCAUUCUUCCUGUAUACUUCCCAAAGCUCCUUGCACACUUAGGUAUACCUUGUGCUUUAAAAAUUUCUUUGAUUCAAAAGCUUUGUAGCAAGCCAAGAAUGGAGGAGCAUGCCUGUAAUCCCAGCACUCAGGAGACUGACGCAGGAGGACUGCUGUGAGUUCAAGGCCAGCCUGGACUGCAUAGCCCAGACCCUGCCUCAAAAAAACAAAAAACACCCAAAAACAAAAAACAAAAGAAAAAUUUUGUAGCAAAUAAGUUUUAAGAAUUGUAGGUAUUAUGAUGUUGAUUUAGCUUCAUGUGUUCAAAGUUUAAGUAAGAGGGCCAGGAUUAAUCCAUGUCUAGUAUAACAGGUGGUUCUUCAUUUGCCUAAAGAAAAAGUAUGAGGGUUGGGGGAUUUAGCUCAGCGGCACAGGACCUGCCUGGCAAGCGCAAGGUCGUGAGUUCUAUUCCCGAUACUGGAAAAAGUAUGAGAAUACAAUUUUUUCUUUUUUUCUUUCAUGAAACUUGUUUUAUUUUUUAUUCCCAUCUUAAUUAAAGUGUGUCUGAAAAGAUCUACUAAUAUUUGUUAUAAAAAAAAGUGUUCUCUAUUUAGGAAAAACAUGAAGCAAAUAACUAAAAUUAUAUGUAGAAAUCAAUUUGAGACCUGUGGAUAGGGAUUGUCUUCAAAAACCAGGUAUCAGUUUGGUAUCAGAAUGGUGGUUGUUCUCUUAGUAUAUAAAUAAAUUGCAAGUUAAGAUUGUAAAGAAUUUUGUGAUUAAUUAUAAGCAGUCAGGGGUAGCUAACUCCUAGGGAUAACCCAUUUUUAUCUUACUCCAAAGUCUUAUUUUAUAGUUUGAAAAGCACUUUGCACACAAUUCUUGUAUAUAAAAGUAAAGAUGUAAUUAUAGGGUAUACUGUUCUGCUUUGUUUAACAAGAGCCUCAUUUUGAAUUGACAGCUAUGGUAUUUUUUUAAAUGAUCAAAUUCUUUUCUGUUUAUUGUAAAGCUAAGUUAAAAAUAAAAGGUUAAUGCCAAAUGGUAUGGGUUUUA